AUGGCUCUGUGCGGGCAGGCGGCGGGGGCCGCGUCACUGCCCAGCGAGCUGAUCGUGCACAUCUUCUCCUUCCUGCCGGCGGCCGACCGCGUCUGCCUCCCGGUCUCCCGGGCGGAGCAGCCUCGGCUCGAGUUCCUCAUGCGCAAGUGCGGCUGGUUCGUGCGGGAGCUGCGCGUUGAGUUCGCCUCCGCGGAUUACCUGAGCGGAGGCAGCGCGAACCCCGGGACCGGCGGGAAAGAAGUCAAGGCCUUGCAGCUCUCUACCCCUUGGUUGGAAGAGCUGCGCACCUACUUGGAGCUGGUGCUGUGCGUGCUGGUCAGCGUCCGGAACAACAGGAACCUCCAGAAGUUUAGCCUUUUUGGAGAUAUAAGCGUUCCACAACAGCAAGGAAAUUUGUCAAAUACAUACCUCAGCAAGGUGGACCCUGAUGGCAAAAAAAUCAAGCAAAUUCAGCAGCUGUUUGAAGAAAUACUGAGUAAUAGUAGGCGACUGAAAUGGCUGUCCUGUGGGUUUCAGCUGGAAAUAGUAACCCCAACAUCACUGUCAUCUCUCUCAAACUCUACUGCCAACACCAUGGAGCACUUGAGUUUACUGGAAAACAAUAUUCCUGGUAACCGCACUCUUAUCACUACAGUGGAACUAGAGCGAUUUGUGAAUCUGCGCUCACUUGCCCUGGAUUUCUGGGACUUUACAGCUGAGAUGGCAAGAGUCUUAAGCGAUAGCAACCAUGUGCCUUUGCAGCGACUGUCUCUCCUGGUCCACGAUAUUUCUGUGAUGCACAAGUCUCUGGACAACAUGCCAAAUGAUGAGCAUUGGAAAGCCUUGUCACGAAGAAGGAGCCCCCUCCGGGUCUAUAUCAUGGCUUUUGAUAUUAUGAGUGAAGAGAUGUUAAAUAUUCUGAAACCCAGUAUACCACUAGAGAGGAUUCAUUUUGACAGCUACAUCACUGGAGCUAUUGUUGAUCUCAUAUCUAGGCAAUAUGACAAGUUCCUCACUCAUUUUAUAUUAAUGAAUGAUGUGCUUGACAUGUCUGCUUUUCCAGAUCUUAGUAAUAACGGAAACGAAGAUCCAUUGGUGUUAUUAGCGAGGAGAUGCACAAAGCUUUCUUUUCUGGCAAUUCACGGUUACACAGUGUGGGCACACGGCCUCAUUGCCAUUGCUCGUCUUCGUGGCUCUAAUCUAAAAGUACUUGAAGUCACUGAAGAAAGCAUUGAUUUUGACCCAGGUGAACCGGUCGACCAGGAUGUGGAUCCAGUGCAUAACCUUAUUGAGCAGGUAUCCCUGGGCAUGGGUCAACCUUGGCACGCAGUCAUGGACAUUGAAUCAUUCAGUGUCUUCACUGAACCAAAUCGUCAUUUUUACAGAGAGAUGCAAAGCUUUAGCGAAGACAUUUAGCUUUUUUUAAAAUGUACAAUUCCUGUGGUUACA